AUGACCCCGCUGCGGCCCAAGGGCUGCCAAGCGAAGGACCCUCAGGCCGGACCUUCCCACCAUCGGAAGGCAGGGAGGCGCCGGGGAAUCUGGCGGUUUCAGCAACGCGCAAACAACCCUUCUCUGCCGCUCGCCCCAUCGCGUUCCGGGCGCCAGCCACACAGACGCAUCCCACAUAGCAAGAGGUUUCCGAGCCCCCCUCGGCCACGCCAUCCGCCCUACACGUUCCGGGAAGCCAGCCCCGCGGGGGAGGCUGCAGUGGGGUUCGCAAGAGACCUGCGGGGCGGGGGGCAGGGGGAUGCUCGCUCAGUGCCGCUGGAGCGUCUUUGGGAGCGCCCCGCGCCCCCGCGGGGGGGGCUCAGAAGACGGGCGCCCCCUGCGAAUCCCUCUCCGGCGGGCGGGGGGGCAGGGGGGCAGGGGGGCAGGGGGGGCGGGACUCAGAGCGCCACAAACCCCACCCAACCCCGGGCGGCUGGAGCAGGAGCCGUGCGAGCAGCCGGGGAGAAGGGGCAGGCGCGCCGCCGGGCCGCCUCCGCAGCGCGCUCCCGCCCUGGCCUGGCCUGGCCUGGCCGUCUGGCCGGGCUGCGCGUCCCCGAACCCGGCCCCUCCGCGCGCCGCGGCCAAUGGGAGGCCGGAGGAACACCCCUCGGCGCCAGGAUUGGCCGCUGGCGGAGCGGGGCCGGCUUUAUUAGGGGCGCCGGGCCGGGGCCGGCCUCGCCAAGCGCCCCGAAGCCCGGCUGCGCGGGAGUGGCGGGCGGCGGCAGCAGCAGGGGAGGCGGAGGGAGCGGCGCCGGCCCGGCCCGACGGCGCGGCCCGCCCCAUGAGCGCGAGGGCGAGCGGCAGGGCGGGCGCGGCCUGGCCCCGGCGCCCGAUAUGACUUCCGUCCCGAGCGGCGGCCAAGGCGAGGGGGCGGCCGCGCCGGCCUUCGGCGCGCCGGGCCCGGCGGCGGGCGCCAUGGGCGGCGAGGAGGAGGGCGACAAGCCCAAGGCGGCGCCGGCCCUGCUGCCCUUCAGCGUGGAGGCGCUCAUGGCCGACCACCGCAAGCGGGACGGCCUGGCCGCCGCCCCCGAGCCGAUCCCCCGCCCCCUCAGCCCCCGCCUCGGCGGCUCCUCCGCCGCCGCGCCCGAGAGGCCGGCCUCCCCGCAGGCGCUGGCCGGCCACUUCGCCGUCGGGGGACUAGGCAAGCUGCCCGAAGAGGCGCUGCUCAAGGCCGAAAGCCCCGAGAAGGCCGACCGGACGCCCUGGAUGCAAACCCCCCGCUUCUCUCCGCCUCCCCCAAGACGCGCCAGCCCGCCGGCCUGCACCCUGCGCAAGCACAAGACCAACCGCAAGCCGCGGACGCCCUUCACCACGGCCCAGCUGCUGGCGCUGGAGAGGAAGUUCCGGCAGAAGCAGUACCUGAGCAUCGCCGAGCGCGCCGAGUUCUCCAGCUCGCUGAGCCUCACCGAGACGCAGGUGAAGAUCUGGUUCCAGAACCGGCGCGCCAAGGCCAAGCGCCUGCAGGAGGCCGAGCUGGAGAAGCUCAAGCUGGCCGCCAAGCCCCUCCUGCCUCCCGCCGCCGCCUUCGGCCUCUCCUUCCCGCUGGCCGCCCCCGCCGUGGCCGGAGCCUCCCUGUACGCCUCGUCGGGGCCCUUCCCCCGCGCCGCCCUGCCCGUUGCCCCCGUCGGACUCUACGCCGCCCACGUCGGAUACAGCAUGUACCACCUCUCCUAGAGCCGCCGGACCCUC